UCCCCUGGUGGGAGGCGCCAUUAACCAAAUGUAAAUAAACAUGGAGGGCGCUAAUGACCAUCACACUUUCCUCCAUCUGUGGCAAAAAAAGAACUUUGAAAGUGAAACAGGCAGCACUUCAGAAAAAGCAGAUGCUAUUAGAUUCAACUUAGCGCAGUUGCACGUCUUGAAAAAUACUUUAAGUGAAGUUGAUGAUGCUGUGGUAUCAAGUAAGACACAACAACUGCUACAGGAUUAUGGGAAGCUCAUGGAUAAGACAGAAAGAGAAGGGGGACUUAAUAACUAUGCUGAUCCCAUCCUGACCCUUUUUCGUAAUACCUGUAGUAAAAAUGAGAGCAAGAAUUGGAAAUGUAACCUGCAAGCUAGUGAUAUUAUUGAAAAAUAUCUGAAGCCCCUUCCUUCCAUGUCAAACACUUUCAGGGAGGAACACAAGAAAUUGGCACACCUCUUUAACAAUCAAGAGGCAAGGAAGCCACCACAAAUAAAACCAAGCAAUAAUGAAUACAGUAGCAUGGAAGUAACUCAGUCUAAGAGGCAGGAGGUGAACAAAAAGGAGGAUAGAGAGAGAGGACCAGAUACACCUGAUAAUGUCGCAAAUAUGAAUGUAAAUGCUUCCUUUACUGGGGGAAUAGACUUAAUGUACAAUGAGAACUCUUCACUUAUUGGAAGAGAAAGAAGAAUUCAUGGAAAAGGAGGUUCUUAUCCUUGGAACAGAGGGAACAAAGCUGAGGUAAUUGAGAGAGGAUAUGUUGGGAGUGAAGUAUCUGUAGUAGAAAAGAACAUGUCCAGUAGGAUGCCGCAGGGUUCUCUUCAUGGUACCCCAUAUGGAGCAUCCAAUUACUCUGGAAGAGGAAGUGGUUUUGAUCAACCAUUGGACAAGGCUAGAGAGUCACCAUAUGAACAGCCUUCCAGGAGCUGGAGGGGAAGAGGAAAAGGUACUGGGACUUACUCAUGGAAGAAAAGUACUGAAGAGUUUUUUGAGGAUGGGCCAGGUCAAAAUGAGAGUACUCCAGCUGACUCUUGUUUCAGAAAAGCUUCUCAUCAGCUGCAACUAGACCUACAAAAGAAGUAUGGUGGUAAAGGAGUGUGUGGGGCAUCCUACGGGACAGGCAAGCGAUCACUGGGCAUCAGGAGAGCUGUCAAUACCAAGUUUGUUCCACCUGUGAGAAGAGAGGAUGAGGAGGAUAAUUUGGGAAGUGAAGCACUCAUCAGAAAAUGCCUGCCUCGUGGUAUAGCUGAAGACAACCCCUAUGAUGACCUUAUGACUGAUGAAAGACUAAAAAAUACUGAUCCUAAGAUGGUUGAACUUAUAAUGAAUGAGAUUAUGGACAGUGGGUCUCCUGUAACAUGGAAUGAUAUAGCUGGACUAGAACUGGCCAAGAGUACCAUUCAGGAGAUAGUGGUAUGGCCAAUGUUGCGUCCAGACAUCUUCAUCGGACUAAGAGGGCCACCUAAAGGGUUACUGCUAUUUGGUCCUCCAGGAACAGGAAAAACUAUGAUUGGUAAAUGCAUAGCUUGUCAGAGUGGGUCAACAUUCUUCAGCAUCAGCGCUUCAUCUCUAACAUCUAAGUGGAUUGGCGAGGGUGAGAAGAUGGUGAGAGCAAUGUUUGCUGUAGCAAGGUGUCACCAGCCAGCUGUAGUCUUCAUUGAUGAGAUUGAUUCUUUACUUACUCAACGUUCUGAAUCAGAGCACGAAAGUUCAAGACGCAUUAAAACAGAAUUUCUUAUUCAGCUGGAUGGAGCCACAACAUGUAAAGAUGAGAGACUAUUGGUGGUUGGAGCAACAAAUCGACCUCAAGAAUUAGAUGAGGCCGCCCGUAGACGCUUGGUUAAGAAGCUUUAUAUUCCUCUGCCUGACUCUAAGGCUCGACAACAAAUUAUAAAAAAUUUGAUGGAGAGCCAGAGCCACAGCUUGAUACCAGAUGACAUUGAUCGCAUCUGCCAGAUGACUGAUGGAUACUCCGGGGCUGACAUGGCCAACCUGUGUCGUGAAGCUGCUCUAGGACCUAUUAGGUCCAUUGAUAUUGCUGAUAUGCAUCACAUCUCUGUUGAUCAAGUUCGUCCAAUCUCCUAUGAUGACUUUACGAGUGCCUUGCAUACUAUCAAAGCAAGUGUUUCAGACAAAGACCUUCAGAUCUAUGAAGACUGGAGUAAGAAGUUUGGUAUAACAGCCAGAUAAGUAUAACAGAAUUUCAAGGAAGACCAUUUCUAUUAAUAUUAUUUUUAUUCUGUAAUGUUAAAUGUCAGAAAGAGUACCAUUUCUUAUUUCACAAAAUAUAAAAAAACUGAUGUAGAGCAUCAUUAGAUUUUAUCACUCAGAAUAUGAAAAUGGAAUUUAUAGCAUUGUUUAACCCUUUUAUAUGUUAGUUUGAAUAGUUGAUCAUGCCUAUCAGGAUGAGCUUUUCAACGAAUAUCUUGUAUUUUUUAAACAAAGGCAAAACAUAGUAAGAGAUCAGACAAGUAGUGUUAUCAACUAUUCGCCAAGGUGUCCCCUUGCCAAAGACGGAAGAUAUUUGUUGCAAGAUGAUUUGAACUGAUUGAGGUGUAUGGUAUAGGAAAUAUACUGAGGUAGAGAGUUUAACUACAGACAUUCCCAGAUUUAUGAAACAAUUCCAUUCCUGAAAAAACUUUCAUAAAUCAAAGCAUAUUUUCCCAAAGACUCCCAUGAUAAAAUCUUAGAUACGUUCCUAUGGAAAAAUGCAAAAUGUCUUAAAAUGCUAAAAAUCAUGUUUUUAAUUAAAAAUUUUGGUGUACACAAUCAUAAGUCAAUACAGUAAUAAAUAUAUUAAGUGAAAUACUCGCAGUACAGUAAUAGCUUUAUACCUGUACUUACGAGAAACUGGAUAACAUUUGAAACAGUGAACAGUAUAUGAUAUGCUAAUCCAGCAUCUGUAUACUGUAUAGUAAAUAUAGAUUAUAUUAAUAUAGUGCACAGAUUCCCAUUUUAUAAUUGGAGGUACAGUAUGUUCUCUUUUUCAAAAAGUAUCAUACUAAAUUCUCGCUGCUUUCCUUACAUGGUAUGAACGCUGACAUCAGUCAGCUGACACUACAAUCACACGCUUGUGCAUUUCUGCCAAAUAUCCACUAAUCCAAACUUUUGUUCACUUCCAAAUUCCAUCCUUUCUCUUACACCUCGACACCUUUAUUGUGUAUAAUUAUAUAAUAGCAAAUGAAAUCUGAGAAUUCAA